AUGCCCAUCUGGGCAUACUGCGGUAUUUGUAUAAGCCCUCUCGAUGAUACUUCCAACGUGGCAGCCAUAUGCUGCGGGCACACAUUCCACCAAGAGUGCUUGCUGCAGUGGUUCCGCUCCUCUCCAAGGCCGACAUGUCCACAGUGCAGAACUCAGUUGGACAGCAGCCAAGAUGUCAUUGAAAAACUUUUCUUUGAUAUCAGAGAGCAGGAGGGUCCCACUCUUAAUGAAGAGCUGCUAAAGAAGGAGGUGGAGAGAUUGAACGCUCUUAUCCUCUUAAAAGAGGAACGGCAGAAACAAUCCUACGACAAGGCAUGUGCAGCGCAUGACCUGCGGCAGAAGAAGAACAGCAGGAUGGAGGAUUUACAGAAACAUCUUAGGGAGCUGAAAACUUUGUACUCAAGACAAGAGGAGCAGCUGAAGAUUCUAGAACAGCAGCUGUUGGAGAACAAAGUGGCCAUAGAGGAAGCUGGGACGUUAAAAAAGAGAUUAACAACUUUGGAGAAUGUGGAGAUGCUGCAGACUCAGAGACCGGACAUGGAGACGGCAAUAAGAGGAAUGGCGUCAGCGCCAGAUGCCUUGGAACAAUUGGCCAUCUACUAUGUGUCUGUAGCUAAAGAGUGUAACCAUUUGAUGGAUGCACAAACAAAAUCAGCAGAGAUGACACUGAAAUUGAAGAGGGAAUUAGAGGCCUCAAACUACAGGGCUCAGAAGACCAUGCAUGAAAUUCAGAGGUCACAGGAAGCCCUCAAUAACACCCAGAUGGAGCUUAGCGCCAUGCGAAAGAAAAAGAAAGUGCAGCUCCAUCACAAAACCUCACAGCCAGCACCCAGCGAAGCAACCGGACGCCUGCCAUUUACCAUCCCGGCUCGCGUUGGAUUCCAGCUUCCAAAACUUCGCUCCCCCCGUCACGGGGCACGAUAUGGACCUUGA